AUGACUUCGUUUGAAGAGAAGGUAAACUUGCUCCAUAAAACUGAUUAUGUCUUUUCCCUUCUGUAUACGUACUGCUUGCUUACACCAUACAACCAAGGUUCCUUGCACUAUGCUAAGGCAUUUGGAGAGGAAUCUAUAGAAUCCACCGAUACCGAUGCCGUGCAUUGGGUGGCCUCCUGUACCAAAUUGGUGACUACCAUUGCAGUAAUGCAGUGUGUCGAGCGCGGUCUACUAGACCUGGAUGGAGAUGUCGCCAACGUAUUACGGGAGUGGGCGAGUCCUCAAAUCUUGACGGGCUUCGACGAAAAUGAUAAUCCUAUCUUUCGGGCAGCCACCAAACCUAUUACUCUACGACGCAUGUUAACCCACUCCAGUGGUAUGGGGUACUUCUUCAUGGAUCCUCUCAUGACUCGUUAUCACGAGCUGCAGGGAAGCCCACCCGUGGUCCAGACAUUACACCAAUACCAAUUCUUACUCUUCGAACCGGGUGAACGAUGGAUGUAUUCACCUGGCAUUGACUGGGCAGGAGUAGCAGUUGAGCGAGUCACUUCAAUGAAGCUAGGCGACUAUUUGCAGCGCCAUGUUUUCGAUGUUGUUUCCGUGAAGGAUGCAACGUUCCAUCUCGAGCAGAGAGAAGACCUACGAGCCCGCAAGGUCAAAGCUUGGACGCGAACAGAUCAAAGACUGGAAGAAGAGAAGAAUCCAAUCUUCCUCGACCCCAUUGCUGAAGAUGUAGGAGGAGGCGGUCUAUAUACAACCGUGAGCGAAAUGCUCAAAAUUUGUCAAGGCAUACUUACGGCACAGUUACUGCGUCCCGAGACCCUUAAGGAGAUGUUCCAACCUCAUCUGGAGAGUGUUGAGGGCCUCGAAAAACCGGAAGAUUAUUCGUUGCCGUCGCGCAAUGCCAUAUGGAAUGCUAUCCCAUGUGACACACCGGUGGAUUUUGGGAUCGGUGGCCUGCUCAACAGAUCCAGACUCCCGCAGGGUCGAGAAGCAUAUUCGCUCUCGUGGUCGGGAAAACCAAAUUGUUACUGGUGGAUCGACAUCAAAAAAGGGGUUGCUGGGAUAUACCUUUCUCAGCUUAUACCGACCGGAGAUCAAAGUGCCAUUGAACUGCUGACUGAGUUCGAAAGAUGGGUGUACUCGCGUAUAGAGAAUCUGGAUUGCGCAGCAAAGUAG